AUGAAACUCUUGACGCUUCCAUCUGUUGUCCAGAGAAAUGUUUUUGAACUUUUGGGAUUUAAACAACUUUUAAUUAUAUCAUUCUGCUCCAAACGAACAAGAUAUUUGAUCCAGUCGCUUCAAAAAUAUCGAUGGAAAGAUAUCAAAUUUGUGAAAUAUUCUUUCGAGGAAGAAGACAACAUCUAUGUUAAUGUGAGAUCAGAAAAUAUUAACGAGGGCUUCAUUUUAUCACCAAAUACACUGGAACAGUUGGUUAUUACUCCGAUGGAUGUGUUUGGAAUGGGAUCAGAGAUUCCUAUCUGUUUGCAUCCAAUAUAUUACGGAGGAAGAUAUAUUUACGACAAAGAGCAGACGCAAAUUGUAGUCCAAGGAAUUCAUGAUUAUCUGUAUCAAUUUUUCGGAUCGUCGAUUGAUUAUGAGGUUGAAUCAAUUGAAGAUCAACUACCGCCAAUUCUAAAAAACAUCAAUAGAACUUGCAUCAAAGUACCUGAAAACAUGACUGCCGAGGAGUUGGAAGCGUAUUUCACUGCUUCUCCGAAUCAAAAAUACAUUCAACUUGAGGGUGAUUUUAAUGGAAAUUUAUGUCCAAACUCCGCAAUUCUUGGAGCUGAACACUUGAAAGUCAAUUGUGACGGUUAUGGAGAUCAGCUUCUUCUUGGUUUUAGAGGAAAACGGCUUGCAUGUACCGGCUCUUUCCGUGAUAGCACUAUUUUUCAAUUCCUAAACGCAUGGAGAUUAAACCGAGGAUUCCAUAACCUAGAGUCUGUUGAAAUAAACUCUUCCGAGUGUAACAACUACGGCGCUGCAGAUCCUCUAAAAGAUAUGGACGUCAAACAGUUGGAUCGACCAGAAGAUAUUCUUCAUAUCACUUGGCAAGUGCGCCGUUUGUACUCCUCUCGUAAUGUUAUCUCAAUGUUUCCUGCAAAGACGUGGAAGUUAGGAUUUUCGUCUCGUGAUUACUUGAUAAGAGACGGUGAUGGAGAAAAAGCUUCUGUAUCAAUAAAAAAUCAUGAUGUUUAUUUCGCUCUCUGGAAAGGAAACUCGUGUGAAAUAGAAAAUAUAAAUGAUUGA